AUGAGUAUAUCAAUUUAUAUACUCUUCUUACUCUAACAAGCAUGCAUAUUAUUAGCUUAAGAAUCAGUAUAAAUUAAUUUUAAUUAAGUCAAAUUGGGUUUCAUUGAUUUAAUAAGGAAAUAGACAAGUAUUUUGGAAAGAAAAAGUGUAAAUAAAUCUGUUUGUUUGGAAUAUGGAAACAGAUUUAAUGAAUAUUUAGUUAAAAAAUUUAACAGUAACAUGGAAUUGUUAAGAUUUAACUUUGAAUUAAACAUGUAAAAGAACAGAUGGAUCUUUACUUUAAUUAGACAAGUUUAAUUAUACAGUUGUGAUACCAGAAUCAACAUUAUAUCCUAAGAGAUCUUAUGAAUUUACUGCUUUAAUAGCUGGAGAUUAUGUAGCUAAUCGUACUGUUAUAUUAUACUUCUCUUAAGUAAUUAUUGUAAUUAUAAAUUAGAACAUCAUACCAUUUUUAAAUAUAUCCUAUCCAUACUCAAUUUUAUCCAGAUUGGUUAAUUUUGAUGAAAUGAUUGAUUUCUCUAUCUAAUUAGAUGAUGGAGUAUCACCAGAUGACUCUAAAAUAUAAGUGGCAAUAUAUUUAGACGGUUAGGUCUCUAAGUUUUAGUAAUUAUACCCUCGACUUCGUUUUUAAGCAAGUUACUACUAUCCAGAUUUUGUGAGUGUUGGAGAAUUUGGAAUUUGUAGAAUUCAUUUCACUUAUUCAUUAAUGAACUAUAUAGAUCCUGCAGAAUAUGAAAUACUUUUUCGUAUUAAUUAUCCUCCAAGAAAUGGCCAGAUUACUAUUGAUGAAACAAAUAACAUGAAUAUAAUUGUAAGUUCAGUUUAAGAAACACAUACUCCAAUUUAUUAUAAAUAUUGGUUCUUUAAUGGAUAAUCCAUUAAUAUUGAAUCAAUUAAUGGAGAAUAUGAAUUAACAGAUUAUAUUGAAUCUAGUAGUUAUUCUAUAAAUUUACCUCCAGGAUAAUUUACUAUAGUAUGUUAAUUAAAAGAUAGUUUGGGAGCUACUUCAAUAAUUUCUUAAAAUGUUACAAUAAAAACAUCUAAUUAUAAUUUUGAUGAAAUACUUACAUCACUUAUUUCUGAAACAUCUAUUACUAAAAUAAUGAGUUCUUCUUUAAUAUUGAAAUCAGUAUAUGAUGCAUUCUCUAUUGAUAAUAAAAUUGCUUAUGCUAAAAAAGUAAAUGAAACAUUAACAAAAUUAAAAGAAUUAUAUAAAGAAUAAUUUCAGUUAAAGACACAAGAUAAAUAUUAAAUAAUGAUGUAGAAAGCUAUAUAUUUAGUAAUUAUUAUAUAUUUAUAUUUAAUAGAUUGAAUCUACAGGAAUAAAAUUUAUUGGUGAAACUUCAAUAGAUCUUAAAUUAUAAUAUCUAAUAUCAUUUUAAACUGAAAUUAGAAAAGAUAUUAUUAAAUUCACAUCAUUAACAUAAAUAAAUGAGAAGUCUAUGAUUGCUGGUUAAUAUAAAGGAAAUGUUACAGCUUAAGAAUUGUUUUUAGAAUUGAAAUCCCUAUAUGGAGUUAUUGGUUAAGUUAUAGAUGAUAAUCAUCAUGUUUUUGAUACAUUUUUAGGUAGAAUGACUAUUGAUAAUCCUGAUACUAUUAGUGAUGCUAAAAAUGCUAAUAAAACAGAAGUUAAUUCAACAGAUUAUUUAAAAGAAUUAUUUUUGAAUUUAACAGAUACUAAUAAUAAAAAUAGAUUACUUAAAUAAGUUGAAGAAUAAGAUCUAGUUUCUAGUGAUGAUAAUAUAAAUAGUUUUAGAACAUAAUUAAUAGAGGAAUCUACAUUAACUUUAGAUCAUUUUGAUUUAAUACACAUUUGUUAUACAAGACUUAUUAGUUUAGUUUAAGUUUUAAAUCUUAUAAUAAAUUCAUAUUCUGAAACAAAUGGUAAAGUAAUUUAUCGUAAUUUUAAAUAUUUUAAUAUAUCUUUUACUAGAGUCACUACUAAAUAAGUUUUAUAAUAUUUAUCUUAAGAUGAUUAUUAUGUUAGUAUGUUUUAAGAUGAAAAAUUAGAUGCAGUUGCCAUUCCAGUAUUUAGUGGAUAUUGGAAUCUCAAUAAUGACACAAUUAAUUUUGAAGUUUAAAUUGAUACUACUAAUAAAACAGAUAAUGGUAAUUAUGCAGCAAGAAGAAAUAUUUAUAUGUGGGAAAAUAGAGAUUUAUUUACAAAUUUAUCAGAAAUUGAAACAUUUUAAAUUAAUCCAAAUUAUAUUUAUUUAGUUUCUAUUAUAACAUUUUCUGUAAAUCCUUAUUAUUGGAAAUAAUAAAUAUUUGAAUAUGCUAAAUGGAAUUAAUAUUCUAAUAAUUUAAAAUAUAUAAGUCCAUAAUUUAUUGUAUAAAAUGGAUCAGAUUAUUAAAUAGUUUUAUAAUUUGAACAUUUUUAAUUUAAACAUUCCUUUUAAACUGAAUAUUCUGAAAAUAAUACUAAAUGUGCAUCUAUUAUUUCUAAUUUCACAGGUGAUAAUUGUACUAAAUCUGUUUUGACUUCAUAACAUAGUUGUAUUUGUAAAUAUAUUAGUGAUUUAAUUUUAAUGGAAUAAUAUAUACCUGUAGAUUUAAGAGAGAUUCAAUUUGUUACUAUAGAAAAUAUGCAUCUUACAGUUAUUGGUUAAACUAUUGGAAUAAUGUCAGGAAUUAUGAUUCUAUUUACUAUAGUAACAGCUAUUUUAGAUCUUAGAUCUUCAAAGGUUGUUUUUCCUGUAUCAUCUGCAAUAAUUAUAAGUGAACAUGGGAAUUAAGAUGAUAUAGAGUAAAAGAUAUUUGAUAAAUCAGCUGAUUUUACUAAAAUUAAAUCUUCUACUAUUUUUCCAGAGAAAUCUAGUGUAUUAUCUGUUAGAUUUAAAAAUAAGGAAAUUGAAAAAUAUGAUGGUAAAUAAUUAUUUGAAUCAUCAAUUAAAGAAGAUGAUUAAUCAAGUAUGACUAUAUUUAAUAAAAAUUAUAAUAAAAAACAGAAGUAAUCUGAUGAUUUUCAUAAUGCAGCUGUUUAAUAUGAACCUAUAUUUUAAACUAAUGUUGAAAUGGGUAUUAAAUAUACAUCUGCAGAUUUAAUUAUAACUGGAAUGAUAGUAAUUAAUUUAAUAAUAAUACUAGAAAUUACAUGAACUCUUAAGUAUCUUCUUAUAUUAUGAUUAAAAGUUUUCAAGACCAAGUAGAGUUUUAUAAUUAUAUAUGAAAUUAAUGGUAAUGUUUGUUUUUAGUUCAUAUACUAUUAAGUUUUUGAAUCAAAUUGAACACAUUUUAUUGAUUAUUUUUGUUGGUGAAAUAUCUGUAUUCUUUUUAGCUAUUGUAAAAGCUGAAUUAAAUGGAUGGAUAUAAGAAAAAAUCAUUGGAUUUUUAUUAACCGUAGCUAUUUUAGGUGGAUGUUUGUAAAUUAUAAAUUUCAUUAUUUUUUAGUAUCUUUUAUUUCUAUAAUGUUAUUGGACUCUAAAUAGAUAUUGCAGAUAAUUGGGCUAGAUAAUUUUUAAUAUCUUAUCUAUCCAAUCAUGUUCUAUUUGAUCCAAUAAUUGUUAUAUUCAAAAUUAUAUUAUAUCCUUGGACAUUAUAAUAAAUGAUAGCUUAAACAAAAGCACCAAUUGCUUAUUUGUUGAAUUUCUUUAUUAAUCAUGCCCCAAUGAGAGCUUUAUAUUAAUUAUGA